AUGAAUAGAUGCUCGAACAACGAGUGUUUAUGGUCGUGUAUUUGGCUUAAAGAUUAUCAACAUACAGCUGUGAAAUUUUAUUAUUCAGAAAAUAAAUCGACAGAUCCGAUUGGCUACAGUCGAUUUAGUCUAACAUCAUUAACAAUAAUUCGUUUAAUGCAUGAAAAAUCAUGUGAAGAUAAUAGAUUCGAACGAUUGAAAUUGCAUGCUAUCCGAAUUCCUUAUCUUCUUGAUCUAUUCGAAUUUUUAGUCUUACCCAAUCGAGACGAUAUGAUUCGAGCUCGAGAUUUAUAUGAUUAUUUUCGAAAAUUCAACGAUAAAUCAUACCCCGAUCUGUUAAGUAAUAUCGAGGCGAAAAACACUUUUGGUAUUUAUUUUGCUGAUCAAUCAUCCGAAAUGAAUGAAGCUUUGCAAGAAAUUCAAGAUCAAGUUGAACAAGAUAAAAAAGACAAAAUCGAAGAAGUGGAUAAUGGAAAAGAAAAAUAUGAACAACUCAUGAAAAAAGCCUAUGAACUUAAAUGUGAAUGUGCAUUAAAUCUUUAUUUCCGAAAAUGUGAGCGAUGUACUACUAUAAAAGACGCAAAUAAUCUUAAAGUCCAUAUUGAUGAAUGUCCAAUACCAUCUCAGACGAACGGAGUCGGUGCGACAACCGGAACCGGCAAGACAACAACGGCAGCCAGGACAGGUUGCACCUUAAAAUCAUGA